AUGAAGGAGGAAUGUCAACCCACCAAGGCUUACUAUGCUAAAUGCGAAGUCCCAACAUCCCUGGGGAAAAUGAAGGGGUUGUUACUCUGUGCUUUACUCUUCGGGGAGGAGGAUUCAUUACCUUCUUACUUCUAUGGUGAUACCAUAGGUCAAAGUUCUGAACAGAAUAUGCCUUCCGAGGCUCUGUUAUUGCUUCCUGUCUCAGCAGAGGAGGUGAAAGCUUCUCUCCCUAAUUCGCUUACACCAGAAGUGCCUUCUGAACUAUCUCAGCCUUACCUGCCCUUCUAG